AUGGCCGUGCCCAGGAUGCCUUCUACUGGGACUCGCUGGCUUGGUGACCAUCUUGAUUGUGCAAUGAAAUACAUCUUAUCUAAGGCCCGACGAAUGCAGAAAACACCUACACAUCCCUCAGCUCCUAGCUUCGGAUCCUCUGAAAGUCUCGAUGGUUUCGAAAUGCAUUACACGAAAACUCCGGCUCAAAGUGACAGUAAAAAUGAGAGUUCGCUGCGCACAUGGCGUUGUUCAAUACCAUUUCCUAAUGUCCAUCCUGACAUUGUGAUUGGAGCUCUCUGGAAUUUCCGGUAUAAAUGGGAUCCUGAAAUAGAGUCUUGCCAUCUGGAAGAUCAGUUGACGGAUCAGAUACAGCUUUGUCGAGUCGGUUUCCGUACUUGCCACGCUCAAAACAUCCGAUGGGCUCGACUGCUACGCGGACAUCUGACCUCAGCAUCAUCGGCUAUAACUACUACAGAAUUGUUCGAUUGCGCUCCCUCUCCCCCUUCGCUUCUCUCUCUGUCUACUCCGCCUUCCUCUUCAUUCUCUCCUGCUACCUCUUCAAGUGGCCACCGGACGACAGCCAAGACGAUGGCUUCCAGUCCCGUUAUAGUCUCCAGCUCUUCCGGCCACCUCGCCUUUAGGCCGACCCUUAUGCCGGGUUCUGACUGGGUUCGGGCAAUUUAUGUAUCUGAGUCUAUCGAUCGAACAAAGACUCCUAACCCUGCACGGCGGUUUAUUAAAGGCAGGAAUCAGCGCUGCCGCCGGCUUUCCGGCAGCAACGAGACGCCGGGCUGGGACUCCUUAUGGCCAACUUUGUCAAUGACUUGUGUAUACAAAGAGCACUUGCUCGCCGAGAGAGCGCCAGGUGCUUUUGGAUGUCGGGUUUCGAUAGUUUCCAAAAUUGACCUUGGGUGA